AUGGACAAAGCAGUUCAGGGACGAGUAGACGGGGUCCCUUCGACCGCCAGCUUCUCUCAGGGUCACUUCGAAUGGCAGACUCAGGACGCGCGCUCGACAGUGCCGGCAGACAGCAUCAUCGCCAUCAUACAGAACGAGAACAAGGACGAGGACGAGGACAGGCUGCUCUAUCUGCAGCACGAUGAAGACGGCGAAUCAGCUCGUCUGGAGACGCUGAAGCUGUCCGGCCUUGCGUCUCUGCCCGGAUACUCGUCCCUCUGCCACGGCCGGCCGUCCCAUCUCGCGGCCAGCGUCCGGCUUCAUGUCAUCGUCUCGACGCUGUCCGGCACCCAGAAGGCCUCGUCUUUCCUCCAGCAGGUAGUCAAACCGUUACUCUUGCAGCUGCGGCCGGAGGGCGACUAUACAGUCCAUGAGACCGAGUCGGCAGAGACAAUCACCCGCCUGGCGAGAACCGUCUUCCUCCCGCAGGCGCUGGCCGGCAACCAGCAGACGAUCAUUCUGAUGUCCGGCGACGGCGGCCUGGUCGACGUCAUCCGCGUGCUGGCCGAAGCUCCAGAUGCCUCUACGCUUGUCCGGCCUGUCGUCUGCCUUGUGCCAAUGGGGACGGGCAACGGACUGGCCAAUUCUACGGGUCUGCUGGCCGACUCGACCUGGGGGCUGUCAAGGCUGGUCCGCGGCUCACCCGCAGACCUCCCGGCCUUUUGUGUGCGAUUUCCGCCGGGAUCGAUGUACGUGACGGACGAAGGACGCGGGAGGGAGCCGGUAGCAGCGGCGGGACAGCGGGCAGAGGUGUACGGGGUGGUGGUCGUGAGCUGGGGACUGCAUGCCUCGCUGGUGGCAGACAGCGAUACUGCAGCAUACCGGCGGUUCGGCGUCGACAGGUUCAAGAUGGCCGCCCAGGAGCUGCUUCAGCCCGCUGACGGGAGCGCCUCCCACAGCUAUUCAGGCUCGCUCGUCCUUGUCCGAGCCGGCGAGGAAGAAGAGGUGGUCGACCGGCCAUGCCACAUGUACGUGCUGGUGACGCUGGCCUCGCAGCUCGAAAAGGGGUUUACCAUCUCGCCGGCCUCAGCGCCGCUCGAGAAACAGCUACGGAUAGUCCACUUCGGGCCCGUCCCAUCCGAGAGAGCCGGCGAGCUGAUGGCGCUGGCGUACGCGGGAGGCAAGCAUGUCGACCAGCCAGAGGUCGCCUACGCCGCCGUCGAGGCCGUCAGAAUCCGGGUGGCGGAGCCGGACGAGCGCUGGCGGAGGGUCUGCGUCGACGGGAGGAUUAUCCUGCUGCCCGAGCAGCCCGCCAGACCCUCACCUUAUCCGGCCCAACUGGUUACUUACUAUCAAAUCGACGACGACGACGAACAGAAACAAAAACAGCCGGAGAAAACGAGCUCAACCGCAGACAGAGGAGUGCGCGAGCAGAUGCUGGUGACUCCCCGGACGUACCGGCUUUCGCAGACCCCAGACAGCGGCGUCUCCCUUGCGCCUGAAGCUCAUCCGACCUUUCGUACCCUGCGUGGCUGGAGUGUGCCUCCUGCUGAGACCCGGCGGGCAGCGGAGAUGCUGCUCGUCCACCAGGCCGGCAGUCUCAAGGUCGGCGAGGUAGCUCGAUACACCCUGACCUACACGCCCUCCGCAGACCGCAUCCUACCCACGCCCUCACAGCUGUAUGUCAAGCUCCGGAACACCGCGGCCACUCCUCUGCGUGCUGCAUACCUCCAUGGGCCCUAUGCGUUGCAUGUCUCCUGUCGGCCAGCUGCCUUCGAUCCCAACCGCAAGUUUGACCAGCAUGAAGUUGACGGCCUGCCGCAGUUCGAGCCUAAUCUGAAGCCGGGAGGAGCCUGGGAUGCUGUCAUAAAAGUACCCGAACGAGUCCGGUCUCCGUCAGCUGGAGCUGCUGGGUCUUCUACUGCGACACCUACGACGGGCGUGACCUGGAUAAUAGACAUAUCGUCAGAGAUCAUCUUCUCCUCCACGGCCUCGGUGCAGUACGAGCUUCUGGUUGGCCGGGAUGCUGCCUCUGUCGAGCUGGGUGCUCCCGCCAUGGCCAACUUGCCCCCUCCCGGCCAGCUUCGGGACCAUGCCAAACCCGGGCCGUCGAAGAACCAGCAGAAGCGUGAACGGCCAGGUAGAGUGCCUGGUGUAUACUCAGAGUCUAUUAAGCUACGGGUAGACGACACCGCCAGCCUAUGGAACCUGCCACCGUUUCCUUCUUCGGCAGAGAGUAGUAGUGGUAGUAAGAGCGAUACCACCGCCUCUGCCACGGAUCGGCCAGCGGAAGUCUCUUCUUCCCAACAGGAGCAACCGAAAAAGAAACGCAAGAAGAUACAUUUUGUUCUCGUGACACAUGGACUCCAUAGUAAUCUUGGUGCUGACAUGCUCUACCUCAAGGAGAGCAUCGAUGCUGCCGCAAAGCACGCCCGAGAGGAGGCCAGAAAACAGAAGAAAUCGUCAAACGGCACAGAUCCUGCCGAAAACGAGGAAGAUGAUGAAGAAGACGUGAUCGUCAGGGGAUUUCCUGGAAACGCAGUGAGGACAGAGCGCGGCAUCCAAUACCUGGGCAAGCGGCUGGCAAAGUACGUCCAGCUCAUGACAUACCCAGAUCAGCCGUACCUACCGCUGAAGUCUAAGAACAAACUCAGACGGCCACAGGCUCGUCAAAUUCUUGGAGACAGCGAACGUCACGGUUGCCGACAAAAGGAGUAUGCUUAUCAGAUCACUAGCAUCAGCUUUAUAGGCCACUCCCUCGGGGGUCUCGUCCAGACGUAUGCCAUUGCAUAUAUACAAAAGCACUGCCCAGACUUCUUCGAUUAUAUCAGACCCAUCAACUUCGUCGCCUUUGCCUCUCCUUUCCUCGGCCUAAGCAAUGAAAACCCCAUGUACGUCAAGUUUGCCCUCGACUUUGGACUUGUUGGUCGAACAGGUCAGGACCUUGGCCUGGCGUGGAAUGCUCCUUCAAAAGUCCGUAGUGGAUGGGAAGCCAUGAUAGGAGGGCUGGGAAGUGAUGCAAGCCGUGCUCAUGGUCAGGACCCAGGAUCGAAGCCUCUCCUCCGUGUCCUGCCCAGCGGUGCCGCCCAUGAGGUGUUGAAAAGGUUCAGGAAUCGUACCAUAUAUUCAAAUGUUGUCAAUGAUGGCAUUGUUCCCCUGCGUACCUCCUGUCUCCUCUUCCUUGAUUGGAGAGGCCUCGAAAGAGUUGAGAAAGCAAGGCGGGAGAAUGGUCUCGUCGGAACAGUAGCUGAAUGGGGAUGGGCGCAGUUGACUGGCCUUAAUUCGAGUGCUCGCGUCGUCGCUCGCCCGCCUGGUUCGGCAGAUGACAAGGCCCAGGAGAGUAGCAGCAAGACAGGCGCUCAGUCACCUCGUCUAACACCUCAUCCAGCCAGCGGAGAGAGCUCACCUGGACUGCCUCUGGCCAGUCAGUACUUACAGUCAGAAAGUGACCCGGCCCUGACAUCGCCCCAGAGACUAAGUCCAGCCAGCUCACCUACGUCACCUGCGUCUCCCGGGCCCGUCAACAGCUUCUUUUCCUUCUUCCGACCACAAAAGAAGAACAAGGGGCAAAAGAUAUAUAAACGUUCGCAGACGCUUCAUACCGAUACACAGAAUGAAGAGGCUGCGCCCACAAGCAACCCGGAGUUGACUACACCUCCAGUGAGAAAGGGUCUCGUCCGUGGAGACUCUCUGUACGAUGAGGAAGAGGGCUGGUAUACUCCUCCAAGAACAACGAUCCUCGAGUCUGCCGGUGACGUUCUCAGCCCACCUCUGCCUCCACUUGAAUAUCUUAUAGACCCGUCGUCACGACCUAGAACCAUAUUCCAUGACCGGGUGUAUCACCCUGAUGAUAUCCCUCCACCUCCACCCACCAGGCCUCGAACUAUGUUUCGAUCGCCAAGUUACAGUAUCAGCCGAAGUGCCUCGAUGGAGAACACUGGUUCACAGGCUGGGGCUUCUGAUGGUAGCAAAACACCAACCGAGGUACCCCAGAAGCGCAGCAGUGGCAUGAAAGUAGAAGAGAAGAUUGCAAGAGCUUACCACCGUGAUCUAACCUGGCGCAAAGUUCUGGUCCGCCUAGAACCAGAUGCCCAUAACAACAUAAUCGUCCGCCGCAUGUUUGCCAAUGCCUAUGGCUGGCCAGUUGUCAAGCAUUUCGUCGAUACUCACUUUGGCUAUACCGCCUCUGCCCGUGAAUCAGACGAUCUAGAGUCUCGAGAGGAACGGGCCAAACCGAUGAACGUCCCAGCAACUGACCAGGGAGAAGAGGUUAUAGGCCAGCAUGAUUUGCCGCGUUGUCAGGCCUCGCCGAACACUGGACCGAAUAACGGACCGUCGAGCCCUAGCGGCAAGAAACCUGUCUCCUCUCUUCAGCGAGAUGCUUCACCAAAGGUGCAAAACAGUCCAACAUUUGAGCUGAAUAAACCUACACCACCGAUUGAGCGCAGGUUAAGUAGUCUAAGUAUGAAUUCGAAGACCUCUCAGACUGACUCCGCCCAGUGGACGGAUACGUACCUCGAAGAUGACUGUCGUGACGAGGAAUCUGCCGAAGAUGAUAUCGAGCAUUACAAGAAACAUGAAGGUAUUCGAGCUUCAGACUAUUUAGAAGCCAGCACUUCAAGGCCUGACAGCUCUGAAGCCCAAUCACCCGUAUCUUGA